UCCGUUCAUACCCAUUCCAUCGUCCAAACUUAAACCAAACUGUGUCUUGUGACUCUUGUCCCACCGUCUUAGGGCCCCUCAGAAUGGAUAUUCGCCGGCGCAAUGGCAAUCCCCCCAGAUCCGCCGGCGAACCUGAUCUGAAGCCCCACAAGCAGAAACAGCAGCCGCCGGUGGAUCCCAAGGCCUCCGACGCCUUACUCUUCCCUCUCUACCUCACCAACGCCGUCUUCUUCACCCUCUUCUUCUCCCUCGCCUAUUUCCUCCUCCUCCGCUGGCGCGAGAAGAUCCGCAACUCCACGCCCCUCCACGUCCUCACCCUCUCCGAGCUCGCCUCCGUCGUCUCCCUCAUCGCCUCCGUCAUUUACCUUCUCUGCUUCUUCGGCAUCGACUUCGUUCAGGCCUUCGUCACCGGCAAGACCUCCCACGACGCCUGGGACGCUGAGGAUGAAAUCGACGCCGCCGAAUUUAAGGAGGACAAAGGUUGCGGGGCUUGCGCCUCCCCCGUCGAUUUGCCGGUGGUGGCGCCGGCGCCGAUGGCGGUCGAGGAGGAUGAGGAGAUUGUGAAGGCGGUGGUGGCAGGGACCACACCGUCGUACUCGCUGGAGUCCAAGCUCGGGGACUGCAGUCGAGCGACGGCAAUACGGCGGGAGGCGCUCCAGCGGUUGACCGGGAAGUCGCUCUACGGGCUGCCGUUGGAGGGGUUCGAUUACGAGUCGAUUCUGGGCCAAUGCUGCGAAAUGCCUAUUGGGUAUGUUCAGAUUCCGGUGGGGAUCGCCGGGCCGCUGCUGCUGGACGGGAGGGAGUACUCGGUGCCGAUGGCGACAACGGAGGGAUGUUUGGUGGCCAGUACCAACCGGGGGUGCAAGGCCAUAUACGCCUGCGGCGGCGCCGACAGCGUCUUGCUCCGCGACGGCAUGACCAGAGCUCCCGUCGUCCGGUUCGCCACCGCCAAGAGAGCCGCCCAGCUCAAGUUCUUCCUGGAGGACCCUCUCAACUUCGAAACCAUCUCUCUCGUUUUCAACAAAUCGAGCAGGUUUGCGAGGCUGCAAGACAUAAAAUGCACGAUAGCAGGGAAGAAUCUGUACUUGAGGUUCAGAUGCAGCACGGGAGAUGCAAUGGGGAUGAACAUGGUGUCGAAAGGGGUGCAGAACGUUCUGGAUUUCCUCCAGAACGAGUUCCCGGACAUGGACGUGAUCGGCAUCUCAGGCAACUUCUGCUCCGACAAGAAGCCGGCGGCGGUGAACUGGGUGGAGGGACGGGGUAAGUCGGUGGUGUGCGAGGCGAUCAUCAAGGAGGAGGUGGUGAGGAAGGUGCUGAAGACGAGCGUCGCCGCCCUGGUGGAGCUCAACAUGCUCAAGAACCUCACCGGCUCCGCCAUGGCCGGCGCUCUUGGUGGCUUCAACGCCCAUGCCAGCAACAUUGUGUCAGCGAUAUUCAUAGCCACCGGCCAGGAUCCGGCCCAGAAUGUGGAGAGCUCUCACUGCAUCACCAUGAUGGAAGCUGUCAACGACGGCAAGGACCUCCAUGUCUCUGUCACCAUGCCUUCUAUCGAGGUGGGAACAGUGGGAGGUGGCACCCAGUUAGCAUCACAGUCGGCUUGCCUGAACCUGCUGGGAGUGAAAGGUGCAAACAAAGAGUCGCCUGGCUCAAACUCAAGGCUGCUGGCCACCAUUGUUGCAGGAGCCGUGCUUGCAGGAGAGCUCUCUCUCAUGUCGGCUCUUGCAGCUGGGCAGCUGGUCAAGAGCCACAUGAAAUACAACAGAUCCACCAAAGAUGUCACCCAGAUUGCAUCCUCUUAAUAAAUUGAUUGCAUAAAUUUAUCAAAACUGCAGUAGCUCCCACCCGCCUCCCUCCCCCGCGGGGGAAAAACAAAAACCCAGAGAAGGGGAUCCAGGAGGACCCAGAAAAUUAAAUAAGCAUAGAUUAAGAAGAGGAGAUUAAAGAACCAAUCUUUGAUGAUGGCCAUAACCUGUUGUAUUUUAUUGUUCUUUCUUUCCUUCUUUCUGUUUUUUGGUUGAGGGGUGGACGUGGGUGCAGAUGUUUUUAAUUUUUUUAUAUAUAUUGUAUUUUAUUGUGUCUGAUGACGAUGAAGAGCCCACUUGUGAUCAUGAAGGAUAGAACCCAACUUUGAACAGUUGUUAUAAGUCUGAUUAGCUUUUAACUUAGGAAGAAGCCAAUCUCCGGAAUUUGAUUUGGAUCUGUUCAAAGGUCAAUUAUGUCACUCUUUGUACGUUGUAUAUAAAAAUGAAUAUGUGAUCAAUCCA